AUGAGCGUCCCAGCAUUUAUUGAUAUUACAGAGGAGGAUCAGGCUUCAGAGCUGAGGGCCUACAUCAAAUCCAAAGGAGCCGAAAUCUCAGAAGAAAACUCUGAAGGUGGACUUCAUGUAGAUCUAGCUCAGAUCAUUGAGGCAUGUGAUGUAUGCCUCAAGGAUGAUGAUAAAGAUGUGGAGAGUGUGAUGAACAGCAUCGUAUCUCUUCUGUUGAUCCUGGAGACAGACAAACAGGAAGCUCUUAUUGAAAGUCUGUGUGAGAAACUGGUGAAGUUCCGUGAAGGAGAGAGACCCUCCCUGAGGAUGCAGCUGCUGAGUAACCUGUUUCACGGCAUGGAUGAGAACACACCAGUGAGGUACACAGUCUUCUGUAGCCUCAUCAAGGUAGCAGCUACCUGUAAUGCUAUCUCCUUCAUUCCAACUGACCUUGACCAGGUGCGCAAGUGGAUUAUCGAUUGGAACUUGAACACAGAGAAGAAGCACACACUCCUGAGGCUGGUAUAUGAAGCACUGGUUGACUGCAAAAAAAGUGAGGCUGCAGCUAAAGUCAUGGUUGAGCUUCUGGGAAGUUAUACCGAAGACAAUGCUUCACAAGCACGUGUUGAUGCCCACAGUUGUAUUGUCCGUGCUCUCAAAGACCCCAACACCUUCUUGUUUGACCAUCUGCUUGCUCUGAAGCCUGUUCGCUUCCUUGAAGGAGAACUAAUCCACGAUCUAUUAACCAUCUUUGUGAGUGCCAAACUGGUAGCAUAUGUAAAGUUUUACCACAGUAACAAGGACUUCAUUGAUUCCCUCGGCCUGUCUCACGAGCAAAACAUGGCCAAGAUGCGAUUGCUGACAUUCAUGGGCAUGGCGGUGGAGUUCAAGGAGAUCUCCUUUGACACCAUGCAGCAGGAGCUGCAGAUCGGAGCUGAGGACGUUGAGGCUUUUGUCAUUGACGCUGUUCGGACCAAAAUGGUGUACUGCAAGAUAGACCAGACGCAGCAAAAAGUUGUUGUGAGCCACAGCACACAUCGUACCUUUGGCAAGCAGCAGUGGCAGCAGCUGUAUGACAGCCUCAGCUCCUGGAAGGCCAACCUAGCAACUGUCAAGUCCAGCCUGCAAGCCCUCUCACCUUCUGCUUAAUUCCACCUUAACCCACAUAUCUGGACUGCCUGACUCUCUGUUCUCUCCUGUUUUCCAAAAACACAGUGAAACCAUCACUUUUUAUAUGCAGCCAAUAAAAGAACCGUGGCGAUGACA